CCCGAGUCCGACGGAAGAUUGUACAGCGACUGCAUCGAUUUGUCUUUUGUGUUCAUCUCUCAAGGUUUAUGGACAGCCUGGAUUUACUCGCAGGCAUUGGACAGCACAAAACGGACAUUCGCCUCGAUAAAGAGUUUCUCCCUCUUUCUAGCCAUCUCAGUUGUCGGUGAGGCCGGCGGGGCGGAUCCCACAAGGAGUCGAAAAAGAAAUAAAAGCAACAAGAGCAACUGUUACAACUUGACCGUAUUGUACAUUUCGCCAUAAAGCUCCCUGGUGGACAAAUAUAUAAUAAAUAAACAAGAUGCCCUCCGCGAUGAAUGCCAAUGGGACGGUGCAGUCCGCCAGUCCAGAUGUGGGAUCCGCUCCAGGCAUAGUGGGUGGAAACACUCUCAGCGGGCGGUCUGAAGUCCUGAAGCAGGUGCUCCAAGUCAUUGAUAAGAAAGCGCGCAACAUGGAGAAGAAAAAGAGCAAGCUGGAUGAUUAUCAAGUGCGAAAGGAUAAAGGCGAGCCUCUUAACCAGGACCAGCUGGAGGCCCUAUGCAAAUACCAGGAGGUCGUUAACAACUUGGAAUUUGCCCGAGAGUUGCAGAAGACAUUCAUUACACUUGGUCAAGAUAUCCAGAAGGCGGUGAAGAAGUCUGCCCGGCGCGAGCAGCUGCAACGGGAGGAGGCUGAGCAGAGGAGGCUGAAGAAUGUUUUGGAGCUGCAGUUCCUCCUGGACCGUCUGGGAGACGAAACUGUGAGACAGGACCUAAAGCAGGGACUUGGGGGGUCAAUGCUGCUCACAGAUGUGGAUCUGACUGCCUUCGAUGAGUUCUACAAGUUGGUGGGGCCAGACCGAGACCAAAAAAUCAGAUUGGUUGACCAGUAUGAAGAAGCGUCAGUGCACCUUUGGGACCUGCUGGAAGGAAAGGACAAGGCUGUGGUUGGCACGACAUACAAGGCCCUGAAGGAAAAGUUGGAGCAGCUUUUGCUGAGCGGUUACUUUGACCAGGUGCGAACUCACCAAAAUGGAGUUUGUGAGGAGGAGCUCAAGGAAGGAGAAGGGCCGAGUGGUGAGGAAGCAGAUGGGGAAGUUGAAGUACUGGCAGCGACCUUGGUUCCAGAAACGGCGGCUGAUUCGUCAGAAGCUGAAGAGCAACCUGUUGAUGCAGAAACCGAAAUCAUUGAAGAAUUUGUGGAACCAAUGGCUGUGGAAACAAAAGAGUUUGUAAACAGACAGUUCAUUCCCAAUAGCACAUACAGCAGCAGUGAGCAAGAGCAAGGUGAUGAGUGGACCACAGAAACAGAGGUGAUGACCGUCAUGCAGCAGCCACCGGUGCAGUCGGCCCCUCCCGCCAUUGUCAUGGAGGCCCACCCACUGACCAUGGUGGCCCCUCCGCCGCCGCCAUCGACCGACCCCAUGGUCAGGAAGCAGGUUGUGCAGGACCUAAUGGCACAGAUGCAGGGAACUUACAAUUUCAUGCAGGAUUCCAUGCUGGAGUUUGACGGACAGGCCAUCGACCCUGCUAUUGUAUCUGCCCAGCCCAUGAAGCCUGGUCAGACCAUCGACCUGCCACAGUACAUGUGUUCUCCAGUUCAUCCCGACUCUCGGCUUUCGCAACCUAACAAUGUUCCUGUUCAAGCUGAGCCCGCACAUGUACCCAUCGUCUCCCCAGCACCGACACCCAUGUAUCAAAACUCACACAUGCCAGAUUCCCGAACAACCGAAGCCGUCGACCCCAUCCAGACGUCCAUGACGUUAGCAGCAGAGCAGCCCCCCUCCUCGGCGCCUCUCCCACCUGCGUCACAGACCCCCGUCUACCAGCCUGUUCCCAAAGCUCCUCACAGCAGCGGCAUCAACGUCAACGCAGCACCAUUCCAGUCAAUGCAGACGGUGUUUAACCUCAAUGCACCAGUCCCGCCCGUGAGUGAGACAGAGGCCUUGGGCCAGCCCGGCCAGUACCAGAACAGCUUCAACCAGGCCUUCAGCAGUCAGCCUCAGCAUCCUGUUGAACCAGCAGAGAUGCAGCCGGAACAACUGCAAACUGUUGGUGCCUUUCAUUCCCAAGACCAGUCUGCAGGCCAUCAGCAGCCUUCACAGCAAGGCCCAGGAUUCAACAGGCAGCCUCAGUCCUUCUACAACAGUAGAGGGAUCUCACGUGGUGGACCCCGCAACGCCAGAGGUGGCUAUGAUGGUUAUCGCCCUCCUUUUUCCAACACUCCUAACUCUGGUUAUGGACAGACCCAGUUCAACACAACCCGGGAUUACUCAAAUGGCAAUUACCAGAGGGAUGGUUACCAACAGAACUACAAGCGUGGAGCUGGCCAGGGACCCAGAGGCGCUUCGAGAGGCAACGCUCAGGCAAUGAGAUCGUGAAAAGCGUCUCAGAAUGACUGAAUAUAAGUGCACCACACUGAAAAUUCCAAAUUCAAUAAUUCAUUUCCCCAAGUUCACUCUUGCUCUCGUUACUAUGCUCAUUAGUAGUAUUGUUCCUGUCUUCUCCAAUCAAAGCAAUGAUUGCUUUGGGAUUGGAAAUAUUGAAAUCAUUGGUCUGGACACGAGCAAAGCUGUAAAUGCAAUCAGUGUUUUACAGAGGCCAUGUGUUAACAAUAUUCCUGGAAACUUGAAAGAUUUCAUAAGUUAUUUUUUUGUAUUAAAAUGCACCUGUCACUGCUGGUCCAAUCCAUGAGAGUCGAUUCCCCUCUCAGUUCUUGUCAUUUUGGUUUUGGAGGGGGAAAAAGGGUUUUAUUUUCAACAAAGCUCUUUCCUUGUUUGUAAAUUGAUGUUCCUCAAAGGGUUUCAAUAAAGCUGUGUUGCAUACCCAA